UUGCCUGUAAAAUGAAAAUUUGUGUUUCAGUUUUCAUUAUUGUAGCUGGAGUGUUUGCAGUAAUCAGUGCGGAUUCUCUGUCUUUUUGUCAAGAUUCAAAAAGAACGGAAUCGGAUUGUGCUUCUUAUUGCUAUGCAGCCGUUAAACCUUUGCUACAAAUGGCACCUCUGUGUCAUAGCAAGGAUCAGGAGAUAUCCGAGCUCAAGGAUAAAUUGGCCGAGCUGCAGAUAAAAGUGGCAGUUUAUGAAGAACGCAACUCUCAGUGUAAGAUAUCCGAGGAAGCACUCAGAAAUCAGAUAGAAUCAGCUGAAAGUACUCAACCUAAAAGGCAUUUCACACCAGUUUUAAAUAACCCGGAGAAUGAGAAUGCGCCGUCGAAUAAUACACAUGAAAUUAAAGUUAAGGUGCCUAAAUCAAGAAUCAUUGAGAAACAUCCGGAUGUUGAAUAUGAGUAUCCCAGCAAUUGUUUAGAUGUUGAGUUAGGUGUCGUGAUCCGUAGAGUUAAAGUAGAUGGCAUUGGACCCUUCCGUGCUGUCUGCUAUGAUGCUGGUUGGAUGAUGAUUCAGAGGCGAAGAGAUCAACGGACUAGCUUCCAGCAGAACUGGGCUGGCUAUCGGGCGGGUUUUGGGGAUCUGCAGAGCAGCUUUUUCAUUGGCCUGGAGAAACUAUAUCGCCUGACAAACUCACAGCCCCAUGAGCUCUACAUUGAGCUGGAGGCUUACGAUGGUCGCUCUACUCAAGCCCAUUACGACAACUUCCGUGUAGGCAGCGAGGAGGAGGGAUACAAAUUAAUUGAGCUGGGCGAGUAUCUAGGAGAGGCAGGGGAUGCCGGGGACGGCUUACGGCUCAACGUCAAUGCCAAGUUCUCCACAUACGAUAGGGAUAAUGACAAUAUAGCUAAUGGAAAUUGCGUUAAGAUUUAUGAAAGUGGUUGGUGGCACAACAAUUGUACAGAGAGCAAUCUUAAUGGAGUGUAUUUUAACGAGUUCAAUUCAUGGGAUAGACGGAGCAUUUGGUGGGGUCCUUGGAUGGACCGUUAUUCCUUGAAGUCGGUGGCAAUGUAUAUCAGGCCAAAGUGAAUCGAAUUAUUUAUAAGUUUCGGUUUGAUAUUUAUUAAAUCCAUUAAAGAAACAUUUGGUCUUCUUAUCUUUAAUAUACUGCUAUAAAUACUUUUAUUUGAAUAAUUUCCUGAAAUAAAACAAUUGUUCGCAUACUAA